UCAGCAGGAGAGCGGCGGUAGUCGCUGUCGCUGUAGCAGUUGCAGUAGGUCGGCUCAUGCCGCUGCUCUCGUAAUUGACUGCAGGACUCCUCUUCUCCCUUCUCCUCAGGACCGGGCCCAGGCUUGAACCGUUGCAGCCAGCUGGGUUUUUCAAAAGAAACCUAAGAAUGUGAGAAGGCUGUUCUCAAGUCAAAGGACCAUCUAGUUAAGUAUCCUGCAUCCAAGAUAUCCACACCCAAGGGCCUGCAAAAGUUGUGCUGUUGCUUCUCUGACAAGACCUAAAGGAAGCGAAUUCGAAUUUCUGCUGCUUAUAUUCUUUUUCAUGCUGAAGUGGUCUGAUCAGGGUAACUUGCUUUCUGUGCUGCUGAGAGGAUGUAGUGGAAAUGAUAGCAGAGCCCAAUUCCGUUGCCCAUCUGCCCAACCGCAAAGAACAUGGAAUCCAUGAUGAGACUUUUCCUGAAGCCACUGCAGAGGAUGGCAACUGCUUGAGAAAUGGCAGCAUUAGAACUUCUGAAGAAAAAAGAGAAAUCCAAGAACAACAUGAAAACCGAAGAAGAAACUCUUCUAGUAGUAGACAGUCAAGUCAGCUGCAAAAUGGAGAAGAGGUUGAAUUUGUUACCUUAUUUGAAGUGAUCAGCCUGGGCAAAAGUGCUAUUCAGUCUGUGGUAGAUGACUGGGUUGAAGCCUAUAAAACAGAUCGAGAUGUUGCGCUUCUUGACCUCAUCAACUUCUUCAUCCAGUGUUCAGGCUGUCAAGGAAUGGUUACAGCAGAGAUGUUCCAUAAUUUCCAGAACUCUGAGGUGAUGGAGAAAAUGACAGAAGCAUUUGAUAGCGAAUCUGGAUUGCAGUAUAAAAAGUUCGUGGCUUAUCCCUGGAUUCUGACUGUUACUUGGCCAGUAAACUUGGAUAGUGAAGAUUAUCCUUUAAUCAAACCAGGGUUCUGGAAGAAGUUCAAGGCUAAUUUUUGUGAGUUCAUUGCCGUACUCGUCCAGCAGCGGCAGUGCAGCAUUCUCUAUGAUGGCUAUUUGAUGGACACAAUCAUCUCUCUCCUUACGGGCUUGGCAGAUUCCGUGAUCAGAGCAUUCCGGCACACAAGCACACUGGCAGCUAUGAAGCUUCUGACAGCACUUUUAAACGCCAAUCUAAAUCUAGAUUUUGAACCAAAACCUCCGGAUACAGAGAAUAUGAUGGAUGCUAUUUUCAAAGGGACCUUUUUGCAUCGCUAUCGUGAUGUUGUUCCAGAAAUCCGGGCUAUUUGCAUUGAAGAAAUUGGCAGCUGGAUGAAAAUUGACCCUGAUAUAUUCUUACAUGAUAGUUACUUGAAAUAUAUUGGAUGGAUGCUGUAUGACAAACAUCCAGAUGUCCGACUGAAAUGCCUUCAGGGACUACAAGGAAUAUAUGGCCAAAAAGAGCAUGCAUGCAAAAUGGAGCUUUUCACUUGCAGGUUCAAGGAACGAAUUGUGUCUAUGACUCUGGACAUUGACCAUGAAGUAGCGGUUCAAGCCAUGAAACUCUUGAUGCUGAUGUCACAGAACUGUGAAGAUGUGCUGUCACCUGAAGAGUAUGAAUCUUUAUAUCGGUUUGUUUAUGCCAGUCACCGACCAUUGGCUGUAGCAGCUGGGGAACUUCUUUAUAAAAGAUUGAUUGACCAGGAAAUUGAAAUAGAAGUUUUUACCAAAAAGAAAGGAAACCAGAAACUUGUUGUCAAGCAGUUGAAAGCACUGAUCAUUUUCUUCUUGGAAAGUGAGCUACAUAAUCACGCUGCAUACCUUGUAGACAGCCUAUGGGAGUGGGACGUAUUGAAAGACUGGGAAUGCAUGACGGAUCUCUUACUGGAUCAUGAAGGAGCACUGAGUGAUGCCCAAAAGAGCGCCCUCAUUGAAAUCAUCCUAGCAACUGUUCAAGAAGCUGCUGAAGGUCAUCCUCUUAGAGGAGGGAUCAGAAAAAUCCUGUCUACCAAGGAGAAGAAGAUACAAAUGGAAGAUUGUACUAAAAUGACUGAACAUUUCAUUGUGGUUCUUCCUCAGCUCUUGGCAAAGUAUUCAGUAGAUGCAGAAAAAGUGACAAAUCUCCUGCAAAUCCCACAGUAUUUUCAUUUAGAACUGUACAGUGCUGGACACAUGGAAAAGCAUUUGAAUGCAUUGCUGAGAGAGGUGAAAGCCAUUGCAACUAAACAUUCUGACACAAAUGUCCUGGAGGCUUGUUCCAGGUUCUACUAUGUUCUUUGCAGUGGAGAAUUUGCUGCCCUUAGCAAAGUGGGCCUUGCAAAAACUGAACUGGUAAACGAACUAGUGGACACCCUAAACCAGCUCUUGGGUGCCUUCUGGAAUGACGAAGAAGGUAUUUGUGCAGAAGAAGAAGAAGGGAUUCACCGAUUAUGCUCCACUCUGCGAAGAAUAGCAGCCUUUCAUAACGCCCAUGAUCUCACAAAGUGGAAUCUUUAUGACAAGAUGUCUAAGAUGCUUGUCUUUCACGUGGAAUUCAGCCCUUUACCUGUUCAGAUUCUUUUGCCUGCUUUAGAGUGUGCUUAUUUUGCACUGCUUUGGCAGCUCACAUCUGUGAUGGAACUCACUUCAGCCAAGGAAAAUGUCUUGGUUUUGAGGACACACUUGAAGCACUAUUGCUACAUUUGCACAUGCUACCUCAGCCAUUACAACAGGGAGUUGCGUGAAAAGGCUUUUAUGAUAGUUUGUGACUUCCUAAUGGUUAUAAGCCAUCAAGAUUCAAGUGAUGAUGGAGUACUGGAGUACCUUCCCAGUACAUCUCUUCAGUCAAAAAUGCGCUUAUUUAUUCAGGAUCAUAUUUUCAGUGAGGAGGAUGAAGAAACCAAAGAUUGGACAGAAGAGGCGAAGAAGAAAAUAGAAGUCCAGAGGUUGAAUGCCUUACACCGGAAGCGAUGCCUCCUUGCAGCUUAUUGCAAGUUAAUAAUUUAUAAUGUUAUUGAUAUGGCUGCGGCUGCUGAAAUCUAUAAGUAUUUUACAAAGGCUUAUUAUGAUAACUUUGGAGAUAUAAUUAAAGAAACUAUGAACCGGACAAGGCUCAGUGAUAAAAUUCAAAGUGCAAAGACGAUGAUCCUCUGCUUACAGCAGAUGUUUCAGAAGCAUGUUGAAAGCCAGGAUGAUGGCAGCUGCAUCACUGUGGAUAAUUCGACCUCCUUCAACAACAUUAAAGAGCUUGCACGACGGUUUGCUUUGUCAUUUGGCUCGGACCAGCUGAAAAGUCGAGAGUCAGUAGCCAUGAUUCACAAGGAAGGUAUUGAAUUUGCCUUUCAAGGAGCAGCUGCAGUGGAAGGAAAGCCUCCUAAUAUAAACUUUCUGAUCAUUCUUGCUGAAUUUUCUUAUAAGCUUCUGAAGCCUGACAAAAGACUGAUAUACAGUUACUUGCUGAGAUAUAUGCCAGAACCAGCAUUUUGUAAAGAAGAUUCUUGGUACUCUAUCGGUUGGUAUAGAAUGUCAUUGCUGGCCAAUGAAGAUGAAGAGAGUUCUGCUAACAGCAGCUUAAAUGAAUGGCCACCCAGUCACAUUGCUAGGAUACCUUCUUUUAAAAGAAAAUUAUCUGAAGGAACCUGGCCCAAAACUAGCCACAUUGAGACAGCUAACCAAACUUCAGAUACUCAUUAUGCAUCCUCUCUCCCUUCUUUGCCACUGAGAAGCGGGAAGAGGCUAAAGUAUCAUGACAGUUCUCACCAAGAACAUUCACCAUUGCUUGGCUCUGCUACUCUGGAGGGAAAAAAUAGCAGUACCCAAGCUAUGGUCGAGGCAGACAUUACAGCAGAGGUUGCUACUGAAGAUACUGAUGUUGAUAUUGUUGGUGCUGAACAGGUACUGAUGGCUUGACACAGAACUCCUGAAUGUUUUGACAUCACACACUAGUGAAGCAUAUAUUCCUGUCACAAGAGUAAUUUGCACCUUUUACUGUUCUACACACUUAAAAGAAAAAGCUGGGACUUUGAGAAGAUCUAUUUGUAGCUGCCGUGGUACUAUUAUAUCUGCUGAUAGGAAUGUUACCUGGAGAAGAAGACAAUGUGUCCUAACAGGCACUCCUGAAUUGAAAACCUAGCCAAGCAAUCAGUAGUUUUAACCACUAAUUGCUUUGUCAUUGGACGGGUUUGGUGAUGAUGUAAAAUAAUUACUUUUAAUGAAGCUCAGAAAGCAUUUUCAUACAAAUCUAGCUGCACUUCAGCUGGACAGUAGGAUAUGUACUGUUGCUAAAACUAUUCCUUGUCUAAAAGAGGAGAGGAGAAGAGGAUACAAAUGUAAUAAAUAGAUGUAUCACUUUCAAGAUAGGGGGCCGUAGGCAAAUACAGAUAUCCCUCUCCACUGGUUAAUUGGCAGGUCUGUUGAUAAAAGCCCUACUUGUUGGCUGGAAGGCUUCCAUGCCAUCAGGGCCAUGUUGGGGUAGCAUUUGACUCACCUAACUGAAAACCCUCCAGUUUGCCCAUGAUCCCCACCCCCAGACCGGGUGGCGAACUGUAGCCCUAGAGCUGAUUUAACUUACUGUCCCUUUUAUUGGAAACAAUGGAAGGGAAAACAAAAAUAUAGGCCACAGCCAGUAGAAGGGUUUAAGAAAAAGAGUUAUCUUCCCUGCCCUUGCCUCUUUCUUUGGACAUGGUGGUUCCUCUACCGACGGUCCUCUCCCACAGGAUUCAUCUGUUCAUUCAGAAUGUUCUACAGUAUUGUUAAAAGGCAGCAAAUUGAAGUACAUCAGGAAGAUUUUGAUCAGCAAAAGAAAAUGAUGAUUUAAGAUUCCCAUUUGUACCUAACAUAAUCCCUCGGUGCAUGUGCAUAAACUUACUAUUUACAUCAUGGUAAGCAACUAUGUCUUUACAGCUAUAUGCUAUGUAUAUAUAAUAUCUGAAAUAAUAUAGAGCUUUUGUAAUUGCUUAAGGAGGUUAUUUUAGCAGUGUCUACAUUAGCACUGUAUAAACUAUUUUGAAUUAUCUUAUUUAACAUUUGCUUAUUAUAUAGGAGAUCUAAGAAACAAAACAGCUGGGACUAUCCUCUCCUUUUUCAUGGACUUAAGACAAGAACAGACAGGUGCAACAGACCAUCCAUGGUUUUUGUGGGGUUUCUAGGAGCAUAAUGUGGUAUGACCUGAGUAUAAACCAGAUAAAUCAUGUAUAUGAUGACUACAGCCAUAGCUUCCCUACUUUCUGAUGCUGUCUACACCAAUUUUUCUAACUACACAUGAUGUUCAUGUUCGUUCUUUUACAUUUAGGGUGCAGUGCUGCAUGUAAGCCUCUGAAUUUGGAAGCUUCCGUGCAUCCUAUACCUGGAAUGAGGUGUAGUGGCAAUUUCCAUGUUGGGUAUUUUACUUUAGAUGGCUGCUUUUGGCCAUAUAGAUACAGUGCCAGAGAGGGAAGGAGCUAGGAUUCCAAAUCAGCUUGAGUCCACACCCGCACCUCUUCCCUUACUUGCCUCUCAAGACCUCUUUGUAGGUCUCUUAAGUAGCAAGCAGAAUUCUGUCAGUUUUUUGUCAGGAAAGCGGGGUUGUAAAGUGAAAAAAAGAGAGAAAAAGACAGCAUAUUUGUAUACAGAAAAACAACCACACACAAUUUCUACUUUGUACUUCCUUGUGUAUCAGGUUUAUGCCAGAAUAGGAGUUUGCUACUAAUGAUUAAUUCUUAAUUACUGCAGAGCUUGUAAAACAGCUAUUUGGUUCCAUACUUUUUUAUUCAGAGGUUUGUAAAAUGAAAUGUGUGAUCAGUUCAAUCUAAGUUUCUAAACUAAGCCAUUACUGAAGUAGAAAUAAAAAAGCUACUACCCCAAUA